AUGGAUAUCAGAGCAGUAGAAGAAGUUGAACAAAUAAAUAAUUUAAUAAGUCAAAUGACCAGUGCAAGAAAUAUAUUGAUAGCUUUGAGAUAUUGGGGCCGCAACCAAAUGCAAGAUGAUGCUGCAGAUAUUCAUGGUCUGACUCAGCAAUCUUUCUCUACAGUAUGCCAUCGAGUAGCAAGGGCAAGAUUAGAGUAUAUCAAAAUGCCCAAGUCUUUAAAUGACCAGUUGAAGCAUAUAGAACUAUUUGAAGCUAUAGCUGAUUUUAAAAAUGUGGUAGGUGCAAUUGACUGUACUCACAUUAGAAGAAGUAAAGUACAAGGACCUAGUGGUUAA